AUGCAAGACAACGUAUACUAUAAAAAAGGUUUACAAAAGGAAGUAUCCGACACCCAUAGUUGGAGAAAUGUCGAAAAUAGCAUGGCUUUUAUGAUCAAGUUUAUCAAUGCAAACCACUCGAUUCUUGAUGUCGGUUGCGGUCCCGGAACCAUUACCAAUGAUUUGGCCAAAAAAGUGCCCAAUGGCAAGGUAUAUGGCAUUGAUACUAUAGAGGAUUUGGUAAAAUUGGGCCGAGAGCAAGCAAAGCAAAAACAGCUUGGAAACGUCGAGUAUAAAAUUGGUUCCGCAACCUCACUUCCAUUCGAAGAUAAUACCUUUGAUAUUGUAUUUGCUCACCAGGUUUUGCUCCACUUGCAAGACCAUGUAAGGGCACUCGUUGAGAUGCGCCGUGUUGUCAAGCCUGGGGGUAUCGUUUGCUGUAAAGAUGCUGACUUGAGAAGUAUUCUGAUCUAUCCUGAAAAUUUGGAAGAGCCUCUCAAAUACUUUUUUACCGACUUGGUAACAGGCCCUGCUACAGUCACAGACGGUGGUAGAAAGCUUAAGAGCCAUGCAUUAAAGGCUGGUUUUGAAAAAUCGAAAAUUUCGUUUUCUAGUUCGGUUUGGAGUAUAUCGACUGAUGAAGAUCGGGAAUGGUUUCGAAAAUUGUAUGAGGCUCGUUUGGACAAGGCUGGUGAGGGUACUAAAUAUACCAAGGAUGACAUCAGAAAGGCAUGGAGUGAUUGGUGUAAAAAUAAAGAGGCAGUCAUGAUCAUGGUUCAUGGAGAAAUAGUUUGCGAGAAGGUCAAGGAGCAGGAAUGA